CGCCCCCUCCAGGUCUUCGCUCAAAGAGCCACUCUCGGGUUUCAGGUGCUGGGCAGCCACGAGGUGCUCUGAGUCCGCUUCCAAACGCGUCUGCUAGUCACCAUGUCGCAUCCGUCACCCCAAGCUAAGCCCUCCAACCCCAAUAACCCUCGGGUCUUCUUUGACGUGGACAUCGGAGGCGAGCGAGUUGGUCGAAUUGUUUUAGAAUUGUUUGCAGAUAUUGUACCCAAAACUGCCGAAAAUUUUCGUGCAUUGUGUACAGGAGAAAAAGGCAUUGGACCCACCACUGGGAAACCUCUCCAUUUCAAAGGGUGCCCAUUCCAUCGAAUUAUUAAGAAAUUUAUGAUUCAGGGUGGAGACUUCUCAAAUCAUAAUGGGACAGGUGGAGAAAGUAUUUAUGGUGAAAAAUUUGAAGAUGAAAAGUUCUAUUACAAGCAUGACAAGGAGGGUGUACUGAGCAUGGCAAAUGCAGGCUGCAAUACGAAUGGUUCUCAGUUCUUUAUCACCACAGUUCCAGCUCCCCAUCUGGAUGGGAAGCAUGUGGUAUUUGGCCAAGUAAUUAAAGGAAUGGGUGUGGCAAGAAUUCUGGAAAAUGUAGAAGUGAAAGGUGAAAAACCAGUCAAAUUGUGCGUUAUUGCAGAAUGCGGAGAAUUGAAGGAAGGUGAUGAUUGGGGAAUAUUCCCAAAAGAUGGUUCUGGUGACAGUUACCCAGAUUUCCCAGAGGAUGCAGAUAUAGAUUUAAAAGAUGUAGAUAAAAUAUUAUUAAUAACAGAAGACUUAAAAAACAUUGGAAAUACUGUUUUCAAAUCCCAGAAUUGGGAGAUGGCCAUUAAAAAAUAUACAAAAGUUUUAAGAUAUGUGGAAGGAUCAAAGGCUGUUAUUGAGAAAGCAGAUACAUCAAAGCUGCAACCUAUAGCUUUAAGCUGCAUGCUGAAUAUUGGUGCUUGUAAACUGAAGAUGUCAGAUUGGCAGGGAGCAAUCGACAGUUGUUUGGAGGCUCUUGAAAUAGACCCAUCAAAUACCAAAGCACUAUACCGUCGAGCUCAAGGAUGGCAAGGAUUAAAAGAAUACAAUGAAGCAUUGGUUGAUCUUAAGAAAGCUCAGGAGAUAGCACCAGAAGAUAAAGCUAUCCAGGCAGAAUUGCUGAAAGUCAAACAAAAGAUAAAGGCACAGAAAGAUAAAGAGAAGGCAGCGUAUGCAAAAAUGUUUGCUUAAUAAGGAUUUCAAUUUUGCUUAAAUGUUACACACUGAUUGUAUGAAGGCAAUAAGAAAAUUAAAGGGGUUUUGUCUGUUAUAUAUAAUCCCUAAUGUGUAUCCUCUGAUAUUUCAGUUCCCCCUUGUUUACAGUUUAGGAAUUCUGAUAUAGGUUCUCUCUUAAUAAAAGUGUUAUAAAAUACAAUGAAGUUGAUUUGUUUUUCAUGGCUAUCUGCAUUACUCUAAGAAUGGUACCCAACAUAUUUUUAAACUCCUAAAGACACAUCUUGUUGAAUAAAUAGAUGAACGCUUAAGUUUGUAUACUGUUUCCCUCAAUUCUUUGACGCAGCUCUGUGUAACAUGGUUGGCUUGCGCUUGGUCAGCAAACUAAAGGGCCAGAAAGUCAAUGUUAGGCUCUGUGGACCAUCCCAGGCUGCCACAAACUAUGCAUUCCUGCAGCUGUCGCCAGACAGUGUGUAAACCGACGGGUACAGCACGGCUGUGUUCCAAUAAAAUGGUAAGUGGUGGGCUGGAUGCCAAGCUC